AUGUUAAAUUUUUUGAAAUGUCAAAAGCACGAAAAUAUUUGCGUGUUACAAAAACAAUCAAAACAAAUAAAAUUUAAUUAACUUACGGACAAUUAUAAUGAUGGAGUGUACUAUAAUUUAAUCUAGUUCAGCGUUUUAUAGAAUUUAUAGUUUAAAGAUCAUUUCAUACCGUUAGCAAUGAAGUCGUUCAAGCUCAUUGUUCAUCAGUCUAGUUUCAGUCCUGCCGAUCUCAUAAUCAAUUUGAAAGACUAUCCGGGUCUCAAAGAGAAGGAUGUUGUUGAGAUCUAUCACCCUGAAAAUGACUACCCUCGGCUACUUCUUCAAGUCUCUAAGGUGGAUGUUCCAAAUAGAGGACGAGAUACCAUAAGUGUUGAGCAAAGUAUAGCAACAACAUUCCAGUUACGCACAUUUGCAGAUGUGCUAGUGAACAUUGUGAACAUUCCGGAUGUUGCGCUUGACUCUGUGGAACUCACCUUCAAGGACCAGUAUAUGGGCCGAUCUGAAAUGUGGAGGCUGAAGAAUCACCUGGUUGGCACAUGUGUUUAUUUGAACAAGAAGAUUGAGUACUGCGGAGGUGCAAUCAGAUGUCAAGUGUACGAGAUGUGGUCUCAGGGUGACCGAGUGGCUUGCGGAGUCAUCACAGAGGAUACUAAGAUUGUCUUCAGAUCUUCCACCUCCAUGGUUUAUUUGUUCAUUCAAAUGUCUUCCGAAAUGUGGGACUUUGAUAUACACGGGGACUUGUACUUUGAGAAGGCUGUAAAUGGAUUUCUGGCUGAUCUAUUCACUAAGUGGAAGAAAAACGGCAGUAACCAUGAAGUGACAAUAGUGCUAUUCUCAAGAACAUUUUACAAAGCGAAGUCCUUAGAAGAGUUCCCGCCGCACAUGCGGGAAUGUUUGCAACAAGACUACAGAGGCAGAUUCUACGAAGAUUUUUACAGGGUGGCAGUCCAGAACGAGAGGUACGAGGACUGGUCGAAUGUGCUGCUGCAGCUACGGCGACUGUUCACCGACUACCAGAAGAUAGUGCUACAGUACCACGAGCGGCCCAACAUGGAGAUACCGACGGCUAUCAACUCUACCGCAGCUCAGGGGAACUUCCUUGAGGUGCUGAAUAUGAGUUUGAAUGUAUUCGAGAAGCACUAUCUGGACCGUUGCUUCGACCGAACGGGACAACUCAGCGUGGUCAUCACCCCGGGAGUGGGAGUGUUCGAGGUCGACAGAGAACUCACCAAUGUCACCAAACAACGCAUCAUAGACAACGGAGUCGGAAGCGAUCUAGUAUGCGUCGGCGAACAACCCUUACACGCCGUGCCAUUAUUAAAGUUCCACAAUAAAGACAACAGUCUCAACUCUAUAGAUGACUACUCCAUGCCGCAUUGGAUUAACCUGUCGUUUUAUUCGACGAAUAAAAAGGUGGCCUAUUCUAAUUUUAUUCCGAGAAUCAAACUCCCGCCGCGGAAGAGUCAAGAGCCGUUGAUAAAGAUGUAUGAGGAUGAGCGAAAGGGCAAGUUGUUGAAGGAGGAUGAAUAUAUGCACAACGCCAUCUUUGAUUACGACGCGUACGACGCGCAAGUGUUCCAGCUGCCGCCUGCGCAUAGCACUUGCGUCCAAAGAGUGGCUCGUACUAAAAAGACCUCCGUAGCCGGUCUAGAGAGCAUCAGUCGCAAGAGCCCCCCAACCUCGACCAUGCACCAUCGUAAGAUGUCCGACCCUGACAUACACCACAGCCUGACGGAUAUACUCAGCAAUGGCAACAGCAGAUCCGCUCUCGACUCGACCGACUGCCCGGACGGGCCGGGGCGCGCCCCGCGCUGGGUGACGUCACACAAGCCCGUCAUCCGCACCGGCCGCGCGCUCAUCAACCCCUUCGACCCCUCGCACGUCACCGUCAAGCUCACGAGCAAUAGGAGGCGGUGGACGCAUAUCUUUCCUAAAGGUCCAACGGGAGUGUUGAUUCAACAGCACCACUACCAGGCGCGGCCGGCGGGCGAGGCGGCUUCUAAGACAGAAGUGGAAGUGAGAAGCGAUACCCCCGUGUCUAAGGAGAAUGGAGUGGUCAAUAAUAACCACCCCGUGUAUCAGGUUGAUGGUAACAUGAUGAGUCGAAAGCGCGUGAUAAGCGCUUCAGGCGCACUGAGCGUGCUAGGCGCCGCGCUCGCCGCCCCGACAGUCUCUACUACCAACAACGCCUCGCUAGCGCUACUGUGGGGCGCCACGGGAGAGCAGGAGUGGACCCCCGCCCUUACCACUGCAAGCAGAGCCAUAGGCGUGGACUGGAAAUCUCUGACCAUACCGGCGUGUCUCCCUAUAACCACGGAUUACUUCCCCGACAAGCGGUCUCUACAGAACGACUACUUAGUCUCGGACUAUAAUCUGCUACCGGAUGAUGUGAAUGCUGACUUCGCACAGAACAGAGCUAUUUAUAAGAACCCGUUGACGACUUCUGAAGUGUUUAAGGAGCUGGUUUCACAGAGAUUGGCACAGGGUUUCCAACUAAUAGUGGGUAUAAACGAGAAUGACGUGAUCGAAGCCCAUUGCCCGUCGACGCCAGCGCCCCCGCCGUCGAAAGUGGCGCCUCACAGCGGCAAAACUGCGAACCUAGCGCCCACCAAGAGAUUCCUGCUUUCCAUCGGCAGGAUAUUCCACAAACUUACUCUCGUCGGCUCUACCAUCACUGUUACGAGAUAUCGGCCCAGACACCCGUACCCCCCGUUCAACAUCCACUACCGGUACCGGUUCCACGCGCCCAACCACGACACAUACGAGGUCUCGUGGGUCUCCUUCACUACGGAGAAACUGGAGAACUAUAACUGGAACUACAUGGACCACUAUAUCUGUACACGCGGGGACAACGACUUCGCUCUUGAUCAGGGCCUAAAAUACUGGCGCUUCAGAACCCUACUCCUGCCUAUGAACAACCCGGCCACCAAGCAGAUUCUCGAAGACGAGGGCACCCACUGUGACAUCUACCCGACGCCCACUCGGCAGGACCUUGAGCAACUCACGGAGGGAUUCCUCAAGAUGACGGAACUCUACUUUAACAAGGUCAAAAGACCCAACAAGCAGCGGGGGGUCCCGCCGAUGAGCUCACUGGACGCUUCCCUGACGCAGCGCAGGCACUCCACCUCCAUCCUCAGUAGGCAGAACAUGCAGGCAGGAGUGUCGUCACCAUUUCGGGAGCGCAUUGGCAGCACCCGUCUGCCGGACCGGCCCCGGCUGAGACUAGACGCCGUAUCUACCGCCAAAACUGUGUUGGAAAGAACGCAGUCACAGUCCGGAGAAAUGGAUGACACGUACGAUGAAGGAGUGCAAGAACCAAAGCUGAAAUCCAACGCGCCACUAUCAAGCAUAAUCGAACGCAUGCGCAGUCCAACCCUUGGAGUGGGUUUCUUACAACAAACCGUCAGUCUUCCUUCCCAGGCCUUCGUUUCCAUAUACGCCAUACACUGGCUCGUGGCUAACAUGGAGGGGUGUACCACGGAGAAGGCUACGGCUAUUAUGGAGAAAAUGCUGCAAGAGAAGCUGAUCUGCCACGCGUCUGGAGACACGUACAAGAGGUUCGUCGUCGGCUACUACAUGUACCACAUACUGCCGCAGAAGAAAGAUAAAGAAUUAACAGACUACGUGAAACCACUGGGCGACCUGCAAAGCUUCGAGAACGAGUGGAUGGAGGUAGAAGUGCUGGGCCCGCGCUCCCCACUUCUGCCUUCAGACGCCGGCGCUAUAGACAUCAGUGGAGUGUCGACAGCGGUCACUGAUGAGACCGGGGUGCCUGCGUUCCUGUGUGAUGAUAUUAAUCCCAACUAUAUGAAUAUGAGCAAUGAUACUGAUAUGCCUUUAUACAAGAACACGCACCUCGACAUCGACAUAAACAACAAGAGCGACCGCAUAGAGUGGGGGCACGCGCGCUACCAGGCCACGUUCCGGCCCGACCAGGCGUACGAGAUGUGCAUCCAGUGGGCCGUCGCCUCGGGCAACAUCGUCGCUGAACUGAUAUUCGGGUGGGCGCGCAAAGCCCAGAACUGCCGGCUGCAGAUGGUGCCGAUCCCGGCGGACCCGCUGGCGCUGCCCUUCACCGCCAAGUCCGACCCGCUGCGGGGGCCCAUCUACGUGCCACUGCAUGUUGAGGGACUACUCCGGGACAAUGCCGCGCUGUUUGAAGGUUUCCCCGAAGACACGUGGCUCGAGCGGCUAUUCCUGUUCCAAGAGGCCAUAGUGGGGCGAUUCGGCUUCAUCAAGUGUACAGUCGAGAGCACAUCGCUAGAACAAGACUCGUGGGGCAACGGCAGUAGCGCUACAGUAGGAGAUCACCUGUAUGUGCAUGUCACAGGGAAUAUGUUCAUACUGAUACCUACCACGGUCAAGCACGAACCGAAGACUUUGACCUCGCGACCGGUGAAUAAGCCGUUGAAUGCUGGCAGAUAUCCAGUUCAUCCAGAGAUAGCCCCGAGUCCGCACAAGCCACUGAACUUCACCCGCCAUGUUGGCUGCAACAACGACUAUGAUAACAGUAGACGGAUGGGUUUCUUGUGGUCCUGGAACCACAUGAUCUCAAAGAAAUGGAAAUGGUCUCAGAUUCCGGCCACCGGUGAUGACGCCUUCCAGAUCAGGGUGCUUCGGGACUUCAAACAUUUCUGCGCUAAUCAUGAACAAAGACUGACUCUUUUCUGGGAUCAAUGCUGGGAGCUCAAGGAGAAGGCCCACGGAAUCAAAGCACGAUGAAAUAUAAUCACUUUAUAAGCCAAAGUAAAUGUUAAAAUUGUAAUUAAAACUAUUGUAUAUGGUAUCAUUUUGUAAAAUAUAUUUAAAAAGCAACU